AUGGCCCCAUCUACUACUUUUGAAACCUUACCUGACGAAAUUAUAUUAAUUGCAUGUCAAUAUCUACGUGGAGCUGAUGUUCUCUAUUCAUUUUACAAUCUCAAUACUCGUUUGAAUAUUACAAUAACAGGUUAUUGUCGUUAUGUAAACUUAAUGACCGUUCCAUACAAGUUUGUUUGGAAAGAAAAAGUUGAAGCAUUAAAUUCAUUAAAGAUUGUUGGUAGUAUUGAACUUCAAGAAAGACCAAAUGAAGAAGUUUUAACUAAAAUAAUUGAUUACACUAUUGGUGAAAUGGAAACAUUAAAAGCAGGAAAUGAACAAAAAAUAUCUGAAAUUCAACGUAUUAAUAGUCAAUUAAAUAAAGCUCUUGAAGUAAAUAAUAUGAAAAGAUCACUAUUCUAUAAUAAUUAA